AUGCUCGGCCCCCAGCUACUCCUCCUCCUCCUCUCCCUCUCCAUCGCCUCUGCUGCCUCUGCCUCCUCCUCCCUCAUCACAGCACCCGCCUCCUCCUACACCUCCAUCCCGACCCAGCUCGUGCUCGACACCUCCUCCUUCUCGAGCAGUCGACCCUCCUCGAUCUCGAUCUCGCACUCCCACUCGCCCCUCACCACAACAACACCCGUCUCCUCCUCAUCGACCUCCUUAUCCACAACAUCCACCUCCUCCACCUCCCGCUACACCCUCACUCCCGUCGCUACCUCCUCCUCAUCCUCCUCCUCAUCCUCCUCCUCCUCCUCCACCACCUCCUCCUCCUCCACCUCCACCAAAAAGAUCAUAAUCGCAGUCGUCGUCUCCGUCGUCGGCACCCUCCUCCUCUUCGCCCUCAUUCUCCUCGUCUUCCUCCGCCGCCGCCGCCGCUACCGCCGCAACCCAAGCUUCUCCGACUCCACAACAGCAACCAUCCUCCCUUCCGACUCCGAGGCCAGCGACGCCAGCAGCUGUCCCGUCACAAACCACCACCGCAACCACAACAAAAACCAGGACUCCGGCGUCGUCGACGAAAAACACCUCAUGCAGGCCGGCAUCCGAAACAAGUCCCUGCCGCCGCCGCCCCUGCCGCUCAAACACAGCAGCCACGCGUCGUCGCCGCCAACAACGCCGCUGUUUGGUCGGUUUUCGAGGAAGUUGGGCGGCGGGCGGAGUCGCUCGUUUGAUGUCGAAGAGAAUAGCGACCAGGUUGGACUUGCGCGGUGA